AUGGGUGCUGUUGACAUGGCAACGACACACAUGGGAGCGAGUGAUAGACACUGGGGACACGGCAUCACAGACAGUACAAUCUGACUCUACAAAACCACAUUACAUGUACAUUUGUUGAUUGCUAGGCAUACAAAUACUAUUAUUUAAUGGUACAUUUGAAACGAGGUCUAGUUGUGGCCACAACCGGACUAGAUUGUGAAUGACUGUUGGCAGAAUGCAUUGCUUGACUACCGUGAGGGUGAUGAGCACAAUAUAAUUAGUGAACUGCAGCACCCCAAACGAUUUGUUGUCUAGUUUGUUGAGCAGAGGCUGUGUAUGUUUUGGUUUUACAAAGCUGUGUCCAUCAUAUCAUUCAAUAAUUCAUUCUUGCACAAUGCGAUCAAUUAUCAGUUCUAAACAUGUAUUUUUGUUCUCUAUACUGCCUGCAGCAUGAUCUACACUGAACAAAAAUAUAAAAGCAACAUGCAACAAUUUCACUGAGUUAAAGUUCAUAUAAGGAAAUCAGUCAAUUGAAAUAAAUUCAUUAGGCCCUAAUCUAUGGAUUUCACAUGACUGGGAAUACUGAUAUGCAUCUGUUGGUCACAGAUACCUGAAAAUAAAAAGGUAGGGGCAUGGAUCAGAGAACCAGUCAGUAUCUGGUGUGACCACCAUUUGCCUCAUGCAGCACGACACAUCUCCCUUACAUAGAGUUGAUCAGGCUGUUGAUUGUGUCUUGUGGAAUGUUGUCCCACACUUCAAUGGCUGUGCGAAGUUGCUGGAUAUUGGCAGGAACAGGAACACGCUGUCGAUCCAGAGCAUCCCAAACAUGCUCAAUGGGUGACGUCUGGUGAGUAUGCAGGCCAUGGAAGAACUGGGACAUUUUCAGCUUCCAGGAAUUGUGUACAGAUCCUUGCGACAUGGGGCUGUGCAUUAUCAUGCUGAAACAAGAGGUGAUGACGGUGGAUGAAUGGCAUGCCAAUGGACCUCAGGAUCUCAUCACGGUAUUUCUGUGCAUUCAAAUUGCCAUUGAUAAAAUGCAAUUGUGUUCGCUGUCGGUAGCAUAUGCCUGCCCCAUACCAUAACCCCACGCCACCAUGGGGCACUCUGUUCACAACGUUGACAUCAGCAAACCACUCGCCCACAUGACGCCAUGUCUGCCAUCUGCCCGGUACAGUUGAAACUGGGAUUGAUCUGUGAAGAGCAUACUUCUUCAGUGUGCCAGUGGCCAUCGAAGGUGAGCAUUUGCCCACUGAAGUCGGGUACUACGCCAAACUGCAGUAAGGUCAAGACCCUGGUGAGAAUGACGAGCAUGCAGAUGAACUUCCCCGAGACGGUUUCUGACAGUUUGUGUAGAAGUUAUUCGGUUGGGAAAACCCACAGUUUAAUCAGCUGUCAGGUUGCUGGAUAUUGGUUGGUCUCAGAUGAUCCCGCAGGUGAAGAAGCCAGAUGUGGAGGUCAUGGGCUGGCGUGGUUACACAUGGUCUGCAUUUGUGAGGCCGGGGAUGUAAACAAAUUAGAGAAAUAAGCUUUUUGUGCGUAUGGAAAUUUUCUGGGAUCUUUUAUUUCAGUUUAUGAAACAUGGGACCAACACUUUACAUGAUGCGUUUAUAUUUUUGUUCAGUGUACAUUCUACAGACCCUAGUGUAUAUUCCCUACAAUACUUUUACUGUGGCACCCAGAAUCAUUUUUGCUCUAUAAGCCAACAUGUAUUCCACCGAUCCUAGUCAAUCACCAAACAUUUCUGUUAAAAAAACAACCUUACAUGAUGCGUUUAUAUUUCUGUUCAGUAUAUUUUGCCUGUGCACACAUAUGACAGGCAGUUGUUGGUCGGAUCACGUCACCGGAGGAGCGCGUGCUAAUCCUGCUGUAGAAUUCAUUGCGGCCAGCAGGUCAAACUAACGACCAAAAUGAACAAGUCACUCAGAAAUACAAAUCAUGACUCUCGAGUCAGUAGAAAGAGUAGUUCAAAAAGAACGAAUCGUUCGCCAACUGCACAUCACUAGUGUCAUGUCUUUUGUGUGGGUGACAGAGUAGGUAGUGUGCGGCUCAUCUGAGUCAAAAGUGUGUGUGGUUUUGUGACGUCAUGAUUACCGGAGUAGUUUUCGACGAGGCUGUCAUGAAAGCGCUUUGGUAACAUUUGUGUAGUGUGGCUGGCACACCCUUACUCUACUCUCCAACAAAGUGUUACUCAGGAGAAUUCUCACUCACUCUUACUCUCACCCUCCUCUCUCUAGGAGAUGUUGGGGCCCAGGCCCUGUUCUCAGUUCUGCGGCGGCCUGGCUUUGGCACCAUGGGGAAGCCUAUCAAGCUGCUGGCCAACUGUUUCCAGGUGGAUAUCCCCAAGAUGGACGUCUACCUCUAUGAGGUAGACAUCAAGCCCGAGAAGUGCCCGCGUCGCGUCAACAGGUAUACAGCUGCGCUCGAUCAAACCCACAAACCUAUCAUAUCUGUUAGCAUGAACAUUCUCAAACCAACACAAACUGGCUGCAGAUAUUUCAUGUGAUCACAUGAACUGUACUCAGCAUCACUUUACCAACAUUAAAGACCAGGGUUAUGGAUCAGUUUUGGAGUAUUGAUAUAUUUGUCUCUCUGGUGCCCCUAUAGGGAGGUGGUGGACUCCAUGGUGAAGCACUUCAAGGUGACCAUCUUUGGGGACCGAAGGCCAGUCUACGAUGGGAAGAGGAGCCUCUACACAGCCAACCCCCUACCAGUCGCCACAGCAGGGGUGAGAUGCACAUACACACACAAUAUAACAUUUGUAGUGUAAUUUACCAUGUUGAAUGUCAGAUGGGUGUGCUGGUGAUAAAUUGAGUUGCCAUAGCUUGAACUCAAUUCUCCUCAGGUGGAUCUGGACGUCACCCUGCCAGGGGACGGCGGUAAGGAUCGCCCCUUCAAAGUGUCCAUCAAGUUUGUGUCGCUAGUCAGCUGGCACUUGCUGCACGAGGUCCUGACGGGGCGCACCAUGCCUGAGCCCUUGGAGCUGGACAAGCCCAUCAGCACCAACCCUGUACACGCUGUCGACGUGGUGCUGCGACACCUGCCCUCCAUGAAGUGAGUCACUGCCGCCCUACUGGACAGCAGUGGCAUUACAGAUUUCAGUUUAUCUAUGGUCCCAGGGCCUAGGAGUGUUCAUGUACUGUAGAACGGCUGUCAGGAGCUCUAUGCUGUGGAACAAGCUAUUCUGUUGGUUGCGUAGUUUAAGAGUAUAUGUGUAUUUAUCCACACUUAUAGUCCAGAAUAUAGUAGUAGUUUAUAGUAUAGAUUCUUUCAAAAACAUAUAUACAACCUAAUGAAGCUACAGUGAGGGAAAAAAGUAUUUGAUCCCCUGCUGAUUUUGUACGUUUGCCCACUGACAAAGAAAUGAUCAGUCUAUAAUUUUAAUGGUAGGUUUAUUUGAACAGUGAGAGACAGAAUAACAACAAAAAAAUCCAGAAAAACGCAUGUCAAAAAUGUUAUAAAUUGAUUUGCAUUUUAAUUAGGGAAAUAAGUAUUUGACCCCUUCUCAAUCAGAAAGAUUUCUGGCUCCCAGGUGUCUUUUAUACAGGUAACGAGCUGAGAUUAGGAGCACACUCUUAAAGGGAGUUUAUACAGUUACCUGUAUAAAAGACACCUGUCCACAGAAGCAAUCAAUCAAUCAGAUUCCAAACUCUCCACCAUGGCCAAGAACAAAGAGCUCUCCAAAGAUGUCAGGGACAAUAUUGUAGACCUACACAAGGCUGGAAUGGGCUACAAGACCAUCGCCAAGCAGCUUGGUGAGAAGGUGACAACAGUUGGUGCGAUUAUUCGCAAAUGGAAGAAACACAAAAUAACUGUCAAUCUCCCUCGGCCUGGGGCUCCAUGCAGGAUCUCACCUCGUGGAGUUGCAAUGAUCAUGAGGACGGUGAGGAAUCAGCCCAGAACUACACGGGAGGAUCUUGUCAAUGAUCUCAAGGCAGCUGGGACCAUAGUCACCAAGAAAACAAUUGGUAAAACACUACGUCGUGAAGGACUGAAAUCCUGCAGCGCCCGCAAGGUCCCCCUGCUCAAGAAAGCAUAUAUACAGGCCCAUCUGAAGUUUGCCAAUGAACAUCUGAAUUAUUCAGAGGAGAACUGGGUGAAAGUGUUGUGGUCAGAUGAGACCAAAAUCGAGCUCUUUGGCAUCAACUCAACUCGCCAUGUUUGGAGGAGGAGGAAUGCUGCCUAUGACCCCAAGAACACCAUCCCCACCGUCAAACAUGGAGGUGGAAACAUUAUGCUUUGGGGGUGUUUUUCUGCUAAGGGGACAGGACAACUUCACCGCAACAAAGGGAUGAUGGACGGGGCCAUGUACUGUCAAAUCUUGGGUGAGAACCUCCUUCCCUCAGCCAGGGCAUUGAAAAUGGGUCGUGGAUGGGUAUUCCAGCAUGACAAUGACCCAAAACACACGGCCAAGGCAACAAAGGAGUGGCUCAAGAAGAAGCACAUUAAGGUCCUAGAGUGGCCUAGCCAGUCUCCAGACCUUAAUCCCAUAGAAAAUCUGUGGAGGGAGCUGAAGGUUCGAGUUGCCAAAUGUCAGGCUCGAAACCUUAAUGACUUGGAGAAGAUCUGCAAAGAGGAGUGGGACAAAAUCCCUCCUGAGAUGUGUACAAACCUGGUGGCCAACUACAAGAAACGUCUGACCUCUGUGAUUGCCAACAAGGGUUUUUCCACCAAGUACUAAGUCAUGUUUUGCAGAGCGGUCAAAUACUUAUUUCCCUCAUUAAAAUGCAAAUCAAUUCAUAACAUUUUUGACAUGCGUUUUUCUGGAUUUUGUUGUUGUUAUUCUGUCUCUCACUGUUCAAAUAAACCUACCAUUAAAAUUAUAGACUGAUCAUGUCUUAGUCAGUGGGCAAACGUACAAAAUCAGCAGGGGAUCAAAUAAUGUUCUGGCUGUGAAAGGUGACCCUCUCUUUCUUCUCCCCAGGUAUACCCCAGUGGGGCGCUCCUUCUUCUCCUCCCCAGAGGGUUAUGACCACCCCCUGGGCGGGGGCAGGGAGGUGUGGUUCGGCUUCCACCAGUCGGUGCGGCCCGCCAUGUGGAAGAUGAUGCUCAACAUUGACGGUGAGGGCCUUUUCCCUUGACUGUAAGGAACAUGGACACUAAUAAAGUGGACAAUAACAUAUUCUUCACUGGUGGCAGGGACUUGUUUCCUUCCAUGUUGUCUGGAUGAUGAUGUAGCAGCUGUGUAGCAUCUCAGUCAGUCUGUGUUUAGUUGCAUUUUGUUUAGUCAGUCAGGUCUUUGAUUGGUCCAAAUGAUAUAGAAUGCAGCCUAUCCCUAAAAUUUGUACUCAGAAUUUGGUACAUCUGAAUUUGGUUGUAAGCUAUCAGAAUUUGGAUCCUUAGCCGCAUUCAAGUACCUUAUUUUAAUUUGACCACUUCUCCUCUAUAGUAUCGGCCACGGCGUUCUACAAGGCCCAGCCGAUGAUCCAGUUCAUGUGUGAGGUCCUGGACAUCCACAACAUAGACGAGCAGCCCCGGCCCCUCACCGACUCCCACAGGGUCAAGUUCACCAAAGAGAUCAAAGGUAUGCAGAGUAACGUCACGACCACCACCCCAGGCACCAGAAUGCUAACUAACACUUUAGUGAAACACGCUGCUAGACUCCUUGCAUCACUGUUGAAAUCACACCCAGUGACGAUGGCACCGGAGGAGGUGGCUGCUGUUUUACGGCCACCUAACCAAUUGCGCUAUUAUGUGUGUUUUUUGGCGUUAUUUGUAAUUUAUUCUGUACAUAAUGUUUCUGCCACCGUUUCAUAUGACCAAAAAUAGCUUCUGGAUAUCAGGACAGCGAUUACUCACCUCAUAUUGGACGAAGGAUAUUCUACAAACACCCGACAAGGCCCAAAUCCCCGUCAUUCGCAUGAGAAAAAGACGGAGAUAUCGUGGACGUAGGUCGGGGUGCCUUGUAAGGAUCCGAUGGCGAGCGAGUAAUCUGCCUCUUCUAUCAGUCCUAUUAGCCAACGUACAAUCAUUGGAAAACAAAAUGGACGACCUAAGAUCAAGGAUAUCCUACCAACGGGAAAAACUGUAAUAUCUUAUGUUUCACCGAGUCGUGGCUGAACGACGACAUGGAUAACAUACAGCUGGCGGGAUAUACACUACAUCGGCAGGAUAGAACGGCUAACUCCGGUAAGACAAGGGGUGGCGGUUUGUGUAUAUUUGUAAACAACAGCUGGUGCACGAAAUCUAAUACUAAGGAAGUCUCGAGGUUUUGCUCGCCUGAGGUAGAGUAUCUCAUGAUAAGCUGUAGACCACACUAUUUACCAAGAGUUUUCUUCUAUAUUUUUCGUAGCUGUCCAUUUACCACCACAAACCGAUGCUGGCACGAAGAUUGCACUCAAUGAGCUGUAUAAGGCCAUAAGCAAACAGGAAAACGCUCAUCCAGAGGCAGCGCUCCUAGUGGCCGGGGACUUUAAUGCAGGGAAACUUAAAUCCGUUCUACCUCAUUUCUACCAGCAUGUUAAACGUGCAACCAGAGGAAAAUAAACUCUAGACCACCUUUACUCCACACACAGAGACGUGUACAAAGCUCUCCCUCGCCCUCCAUUUGGCAAAUCUGACUAUAAUUCUAUCCUCUUGAUUCCUGCUUAUAAGCAAAAACUAAAGCAGGAAGCACCAGUGACUUGGUUAAUAAGGAAGUGGUCAGAUGGUCAGAUGACGCAGAUGCUAAGCCACAGGACUGUUUUACUAGCACAGACUGGAAUAUGUUCCGGGAUUCUUCCGAUGGCAUUGAAGAGUACACCACAUCAAUCACCGGCUUCAUCAGUAAGUGCAUCGAUGAUGUCGUCCCCACAGUGACCGUACGUACAUACCCCAACCAGAAGCCAUGGAUUACAGGCAACAUACGCACUGAGCUAAAGGGUAGAGCUGUUGCUUUCAAGGAGCGGGACUCUAACACGGACGCUUAUAAGAAAUCCCGAUAUGCCUUCCGACGAACCACCAAACAGGCAAAGAGUCAAUACAGGACUAAGAUUGAAUCGUACUACACCGGCUCCGACGCUCGUCGGAUGUGGCAGGGCUUGCAAACUAUUACAGACUACAAAGGGAAGCACAGCUGCGAGCUGCCCAGUGACACAAGCCUACCAGACGAGCUAAAUCACUUCUAUGCUCGCUUCGAGGCUAGCAACACUGAAGCAUGCAUGAGAGCAUCAGCUGUUCCGGAUGACUGUGAUCACGCUCUCCGUAGCCGAUGUGAGUUAGACUUUUAAGCAGGUCAACAUUCACAAGGCCGCAGGGCCAGACGGAUUACCAGGACGUUGACUCCAAGCAUGCGCUGACCAACUGGCAAGUGUCUUCACUGACAUUUUCAACAUGUCCCUGACUGAGUCUGUAAUACCAACAUGUUUCAAGCAGACCACCAUAGUCCCCAUGCUCAAGAACACUAAGAUAACCUGCCUAAAUGACUACCGACCCGUAGAACUCACGUCUGUAGCCGUGAUGUGCUUUGAAAGGCUGGUCAUGGCUCACAUCAACACCAUUAUCCCAGAAACCCUAGACCCACUCCAAUUUGCAUACCGCCCCAACAGAUCCACAGAUGAUGCAAUCUCUAUUGCACUCCACACUGCCCUUUCCCACCUGGACAAGAGGAACACCUAUGUGAGAAUGCUAUUCAUUGACUACAGCUCAGCGUUCAACACCAUAGUGCCCUCAAAGCUUCCUGACGGGCCGCCCCCAGGUGGUAAGGGUAGGUAACAACACAUCUGCCAUGCUGAUCCUCAACACUGGGGCUCCUCAGGGGUGCGUGCUCAGUCCCCUCCUGUACUCCCUGUUCACUCAUGACUGCAUGGCCAGGCACGACUCCAACACCAUCAUUAAGUUUGCCGACGACACAACAGUGGUAAACCUGAUCACCGACAACGAUGAGACAGCCUAUAGGGAGGAGGUCAGAGACCUGGCCGUGUGGUGCCAGGAUAACAACCUCUCCCUCAACGUGAUCAAGACACAGGGGGAAUAAAAAAGAGGACUGAGCACGCCCCCAUUCUCAUCGACGGGGCUGUAGUGGAACUGGUUGAGAGCUUCAAGUUCCUUGGUGUCCACAUCACCAACAAGCUAUAAUGGUCCGAACACCCCAAGACAAUCGUGAAGUGGGCACGACAAAGCCUAUUCCCCCUCAGUAGACUGAAAAGAUUUGGCAUGGGUCCUCAGAUCCUCAAAAGGUUCUACAGCUGCACCAUCGAAAGCAUCCUGACUGGUUGCAUCACCGCCUGGUAUGGCAACUGCUCAGCCUCCGAUCGGAAGGCACUACAGAGGGUAGUGCGUACGGCCCAGUACAUCACUGGGGCCAAGCUUCCUGCCAUCCAGGACUUCUAUACCAGGCGGUGUCAGAGGAAGGCCCUAAAAAUUGUCAAAGACUCCAGCCACCCUAGUCAUAGACUGUUCUCUCUGCUACCACACGGCAAGCGGUACCGGAGUAUCAAGUCUAGGUCCAAAAGGCUUCUUAACAGCUUCUACCCCCAAGCCAUAAGACUCCUGAACAGCUAAUCAUGGCUACCCAGACUAUUUGCAUUGUCCCCCCCACCCCACCCCCUAUUUUACGCUGCUGCUACUCUGUUUAUUAUCUAUGCAUAGUCACUUUAACUGUACCCACAUGUACAUAUUACCUCGACUAAAUGGUGCCCCCGCACAUUGACUCUGUACCAGUACCCCCUGUAUCUACUGUUAUUUUAUUUUACUGCUGCUCUUUAAUUAUUUUUAUUUUUUACUUAUCAAUUUUUUUACUUAACAAAUUUUUUCUUGAAACUGCAUUGUUGGUUAAGGGUUUGUAAGUAAGCGUUUCAUUGUAAGGUCUACACCUGUUGUAUUUGGUGCAUGUGGCAAAUAACAUUUGAUUUGAUAAUGUUUUUGUCAUUCUAACUUUAAGUUGUAGGGAUAUUGGUAUUGUGUUACUUCACUCACUCAUAUCCGUGUUGCUGAAUCAUUUUAUGCUGAACAAAAAUAUAAGUGCAACAACUGAAAUAAAUUCAUUAGGCCCUAAUCUAUGGAUUUCACAUGACUGUGCAGGGGCGCAGCCAUGGGUGGUUACUACAUGAUUCCAUAUGUGUUAUUUCUUAGUUUUGAUGUCUUCACUAUUAUUCUACAAUGUAAAAAUUUAAGAAAAACCCUUGAAUGAGUAGGUGUGUCCAAACUUUUGACUGGUACUUUAUACUCAACAAAAAUAUAAACACAACAUGUAAAGUGUUUCAUGAGCUGAAAUAAAAGAUCCCAGAAAUGUUCCAUACGCACAAAAAGCUUAUUUCUCUUAAAUAUUGUGCAGAAAUGUGUUUACAUCCCUGUUAGUGAGCAUUUCUCUUUUGCCAAGAUAAUCCAUCUACCUGACAGGUGUGGCAUAUCAAGAAGCUGAUUAAAUACCAUGAUCAUUACACAGGUGCACCUUGUGCUGGGGACAAUAAAAUGCCACUCGAAAAUAUGCAGUUUUGUCACACAACACAAUGCCACAGAUGUCUCAUGUUUUGAGGGAGUGUGCAGUUGGCAUGCUGACUGCAGGAAUGUCCACCAAAGCUGUUGCCAGAGAAUUUAAUGUUAAUUUUUCUACCAUAAGCCGCCUCCAACGUCGUUUUAGUGAAUUUGGCAGUACGUCCAACCGGCCUCACAACCGCAGACCACUUGUAACCACACCAGCCCAGGACCCCCACAUCUGGCUUCUUCACUUGCGAGAACAUCUGAGAGCAGCCACCCAAACAGCUGAUGAAACUGAGGAGUAUUUCUGUCUGUAAUAAAGCCUUUUUGUGGGGAAAAAUUCUGAUUGGAUGGGCCUGGCUCCCUGGUGGGUGGGCCUGGCUCCCAAGUGGGUGGGCCUAUGCCCUCCCAGGCCCACCCAUGGCUGCACCCCUACCCAGUCAUGUGAAAUCCAUAGAUUAGGGCCAUGAUUAAUUUUGAAUGGAUAGUUCUUCUCACACACAUGCACCUCCUCCUUGCUUUGCUGUGUCUAGGUCUGAAGGUGGAAGUGACCCACUGCGGGACGAUGCGGAGGAAGUACAGAGUGUGUAACGUGACCCGCCGCCCUGCCAGCCACCAGACGUGAGUACCUAUACACAGAGAGACAGGGAUAUGUUGUUUGGCAGCAGGCAGACCAGCAGUUAAGAACGUUGGCCCAGUAACCGAAAGGUCGCUGGUUCGAAUCCCCAAGCUGACUAGGUGAAAAAUCUGUCUGUGCCCUUAAGCAAGGCACUUAACCCUAAUUGCUCCUGUAAGUUGCUCUGGAUAAGAGUGUCUGCUAAAAUGUCAAAUAUAACAAUUUAGUUUAACUCUGACACAGCCUGGACCGAAGCCUUGAAUUGUCUCUAAAUUGGACUAAUGGGCAGCUUCCUGUACACAGAUUUAAGUCUUGGUCUAAAAAGCAAGCUCAAUGGAGAAUCUCCAUUGAAAAUGCUUUUUGGUCCAGGACUUCGCUUAAUCAGUGUCCCGAGAAACCACCCCUAAGAGUUAAACAUGACAAUUAGAUGAGCACAAAGUCACAAACUCCAUGUUUCUCCUCUCCAAACCCCCAGGUUCCCCCUGCAGCUGGAGAAUGGUCAGACAGUGGAGCGCACGGUGGCCCAGUACUUCAGAGAGAAGUACAGCCUGCAGCUGAAGUACCCCCACCUCCCCUGCCUCCAGGUGGGCCAGGAGCAGAAACACACCUACCUGCCCCUGGAGGUGAGUACCAAUAAUAUUAUUGCCAUUGGCUCUUUGUAGAGCCCUGAGUUAGUCUUUCCUGGUCAUUCAUGUGGUCAGGAUAAACUCUGGGCCCUAAGCAUAAAACUGUACCAAUGCGGCUCUCUCUAUUGUAUUAAAUUACUUUAACUCACAUUCCUAUGUGUGUCUCCUUGCAGGUGUGCAACAUAGUAGCUGGCCAGCGCUGUAUUAAAAAACUCACUGAUAACCAGACGUCCACCAUGAUCAAAGCCACGGCCCGCUCUGCCCCAGACAGACAGGAGGAGAUCAGCAGGCUGGUGAGUACUGUCUAAAGCGCCCUCCAAUGACUGGGAGUUAUUACAACUACUGAGUGUCUUUAUAAUUAAUCAUACUAAUUGAUUGCAUUGAUAUAGUGCUUUUCCAGAUGCUCAAAGCGCUUACAUACUAUAGUAAGUGGAAAACCCGCCUCAUCCACCACCAAACUAAUGAUUUCCUGUUUUGCUACUACCCCUCCCUCUGUCCUACCCCUCUAUCCUCCUCCUCUCUCAUCCCCCCCUCCCCCCCAUCCCCCCCUCUCUGUGUCCAGGUGCGUAGUGCGAACUAUGAGGUGGACCCGUUCGUCCAGGAGUUCCAGUUCCGCGUGCGUGACGAGAUGGCUCAGGUGACGGGCCGUGUGCUGCCAGCCCCCGGGCUGCAGUACGGCGGCAGGGUGAGCUCGGAACAGUUCAUGGUACCUACCCUUUAAAUCAUCCUUCAUCCGCAUUUCACUGUGCGCGUCUGUGAUUUAGCUUCCCCAUCUCUCUCUCUCUCUUUCUUGCCCCUGGCUCUUUUACUUUUGUCGCUUUUGACCAACUGUCAACCAAUACCACCCUUUCACCCACCUCUGUUUUUCAGUCUCUGAAAAUAAUGAUUACUACUUUUCUUGUGUGAAGGCUAUGACGAAUGGCAUGACAGUGUUUUUAGAUACAUUAAAUGACCAUUUCAAAGAAUUCUUAAAUUUGUUUGAAACAAUCAGUCUCUCCCCCUUUCUGUGUGUGUGUGUGUGUGGCAGCCCCAGCAGAUGAACCCUGCGGUGUCGUUGCAGAACCGCACGGUGGCCACACCCAGCCACGGCGUGUGGGACAUGAGGGGCAAACAGUUCCACACCGGGGUGGAGAUCAAGAUGUGGGCCAUCGCCUGCUUCGCCACGCAGAGGCAGUGUCGCGAGGAGAUCCUCAAGUGAGUGCUGUCUGUCUCAUACAUGCAUACAUACUGUACAUCAUACACACACACACACAGAGGUCUCUGUUUCAACAGUUAAAUACUCAGCCCAAUGCAAUAACAUUAUAAUCAAUAUAAAAAUAGUAUUAUUAUCAUAUCUAUGUUAUUUCAAAUGUAUUACACUGAACAAAAAUAUAAACACAAAAUGUAACAAUAUCAAAGAUUUUACUGAGUUAUAUAUAUAUAGUUCAUAUAAGGAAAUAAAUAAAUUAGGCCCUAAUCUAUGGAUUUCAAAUGACUGGGAAUACAGAUAUGCAUUUGUUGGUAACAAAUACCUUUUAAAAAAGGUAGGGGCUUGGAUCAGAAAACCAGUCAGUAUCUGUUGUGACCACCAUUUGCCUCAUGCAGCGUGACACCUCUCCUUCGCAUAGAGUUGAUCAGGCUGUUGAUUGUGGCCUGUGGAAGGUUGUCCCACUCCUCUUCAAUGGCUGUGUGAAGUGGCUGGAUAUUGGCGGGAACUGGAACACGCUGUCGUACACGUCACCUCAUGCUGAAACAUGAGGUGAUGGCAGCGGAUGAAUGGCACGUCAAUGGGCCUCAGGAUCUCGUCACGGUAUCUCUGUGCCUUCAAAUUGCCAACAAUAGAAUGCAAUUUUGUUCGUUGUCCGUAGCUUAUGCCUGCCCAUACCUGCACGCAGAUGAGCUUCGCUGAGAAUUAUUCGGUUGUGCAAACCCACAGUUUUAUCAGUUGUCCGGGUGGCUGGUCUCAGACGAUCCAGCAGGUAAAGAAGCCGGAUGUGGAGGUCCUGGGCUGGCGUGUUUACAGGUGGACUGCGGUUGUGAGGCCGGUUGGACGUACUGCCAAAUUCUCUAAAACAACGUUGGAGGCAGCUUAUGGUAGAGAAAUGAACAUUAAAUUCUCUGGCUACAGCUCUGGAGUACAUUCCUGCAGUCAGCAUGCCAAUUGCAAGCUCAAAAACUUGAGACAUCUGUGACAUUGUGUUGCACAUUUUAGAAUGGCCUGUUUAAUCAGCUUCUUGAUAUGCCACACCUGUCAAGUGAAUGGAUUAUCUUGGCGAAGAAGAAAUGCUCACUAAUAGAGGUGUAAACAAAUUUGUGCAAAACAUUUGAGAGAAAUUAGCUUUUUUGUGCAUAUGGAAAAUGUCAGGGAUAUUUUAUUUCAUGCGCAUGAAACAUGGGACCAACACUUCAUGUUGCUUUUAUAUAUUUUUUCAGUAUAAUAUACUUUAGUUGGUUUAUGCCACACUUACGUCUCUCUGUGUCCGUCCAUAUUGUCUCUUUGGAUCUCCUCAUCUUCUCAUCCUCUCUCCUUCCCUCCGUCUCUCCAGGGGUUUCACUGACCAGCUGCGUAAGAUCUCUAAGGAUGCUGGGAUGCCCAUCCAGGGCCAGCCAUGUUUCUGUAAAUACGCCCAGGGAUCGGACAGUGUGGAGCCCAUGUUCAGGCACCUGAAGAACACCUACACUGGCCUGCAGCUCAUCAUCGUCAUCCUGCCUGGGAAGACCCCUGUCUAUGGUACGGUCAAAGACUAGACACUGUUUCAUUUUGUUUCACAUAUGAUUUAUUUGUGUGUUUACUUUAUUUAUUAGUAUACUACUAUUAUUAUGAUAUAUAUAUAUAUACAUAUACACACACACACACACACAGUGGGGAAAAAAAGUAUUUAGUCAGCCACCAAUUGUGCAAGUUCUCCCACUUAAAAAGAUGAGAGAGGCCUGUCAUUUUCAUCAUAGGUACAUGUCAACUAUGACAGACAAAAUGAGAAAAAAAAAUCCAGAAAAUCACAUUGUAGGAUUUUUAAUGAAUUUAUUUGCAAAUUAUGGUGGAAAAUAAGUAUUUGGUCACCUACAAACAAGCAAGAUUUCUGGCUCUCACAGACCUGUAACUUCUUCUUUAAGAGGCUCCUCUGUCCUCCACUCGUUACCUGUAUUAAUGGCACCUGUUUGAACUUGUUAUCAGUAUAAAAGACACCUGUCCACAACCUCAAACAGUCACACUCCAAACUCCACUAUGGCCAAGACCAAAGAGCUGUCAAAGGACACCAGAAACAAAAUUGUAGACCUGCACCAGGCUGGGAAGACUGAAUCUGCAAUAGGUAAGCAGCUUGGUUUGAAGAAAUCAACUGUGGGAGCAAUUAUUAGGAAAUGGAAGACAUACAAGACCACUGAUAAUCUCCCUCGAUCUGGGGCUCCACGCAAGAUCUCACCCCGUGGGGUCAAAAUGAUCACAAGAACGGUGAGCAAAAAUCCCAGAACCACACGGGGGGACCUAGUGAAUGACCUGCAGAGAGCUGGGACCAAAGUAACAAAGCCUACCAUCAGUAACACACUAUUCCGCCAGGGACUCAAAACCUGCAUUACCAGACGUGUCCCCCUGCUUAAGCCAGUACAUGUCCAGGCCCGUCUGAAGUUUGGGAGAAUGUCAUAUGGUCAGAUGAAACCAAAAUAGAACUUUUUGGUAAAAACUCAACUCGUCGUGUUUGGAGGACAAAGAAUGCUGAGUUGCAUCCAAAGAACACCAUACCUACUGUGAAGCAUGGGGGUGGAAACUUCAUGCUUUGGGGCUGUUUUUCUGCAAAGGGACCAGGACGACUGAUCCGUGUAAAGGAAAGAAUGAAUGGGGCCAUGUAUCGUGAGAUUUUGAGUGAAAACCUCCUUCCAUCAGCAAGGGCAUUGAAGAUGAAACGUGGCUGGGUCUUUUAGCAUGACAAUGAUCCCAAACACACCUCCCGGGCAACGAAGGAGUGGCUUCGUAAGAAGCAUUUCAAGGUCCUGGAGUGGCCUAGCCAGUCUCCAGAUCUCAACCCCAUAGAAAAUCUUUGGAGGGAGUUGAAAGUCCGUGUUGCCCAGCGACAGCCCCAAAACAUCACUGCUCUAGAGGAGAUCUGCAUGGAGGAAUGGGCCAAAAUACCAGCAACAGUGUGUGAAAACCUUGUGAAGACUUAAAGAAAACGUUUGACCUGUGUCAUUGCCAACAAAGGGUAUAUAACAAAGUAUUGAGAAACUUUUGUUAUUGACCAAAUACUUAUUUUCCACCAUAAUUUGCAAAUAAAUUCAUUAAAAAUCCUACAAUGUGAUUUUCUGGAAUUGUUUUCCUCAUUUUGUCUGUCAUAGUUGACAUGUACCUAUGAUGAAAAUUACAGGCCUCUCUCAUCUUUUUAAGUGGGAGAACUUGCACAAUUGGUGGCUGACUAAAUACUUUUCCCCCCCACUGUAUAUGUGUAUAUAUAUAUAUAUAUAUAGUACCAGUCAAAAGUUUGGACACACCUACUCAUUUCAGGGUUUUUCUUUAUUUUUACUAUUUUCUACAUUGUAGAAUAAUAGUGAAGACAUCAAAACUAUGAAAUAACACAUAUGGAAUCAUGUAGUAACCAAUAGUGUUAAACAAAUCAAAAUGUUUUAUAUUUGAGAUUCUUCAAGGUAGCCACCCUUUGCCUUGAUGACAGCUUUGCACUCUUGGCAUUCUCUCAACCAGCUUCAUGAGGUAGUCACCUGGAAUGAAUUUCAUAUAUAUUUUUUAUUUUUUUCACCUUUAUUAAACCAGGUAAGCCAGUUAAGAUUUUUGCAGUUCGUUCCAGUCAUUCGCAGCAGAGAACUGGAAGGAAUGGUGGCCAAAGGAGGUGUUGGCUUUGGGGAUGACCAGUGAGAUAUAGCUGCUGGAGCGCAUACUACGGGUGGGUGUUGCUAUGGUGACCAAUGAGCUAAGAUAAGGCGGGGAUUUGCCUAGCAGUGAUUUAUAGAUGGCCUGGAGCCAGUGGGUUUGGAGACAAAUAUGUAGUGAGGACCAGCCAACAAGAGCGUACAGGUCACAGUGGUGGGUAGUAUAUGGGGCUUUGGUGACAAAACGGAUGGCACUGUGAUAGACUACAUCCAAUUUGCUGAGUAGAGUGUUGCAGGCUAUUUGAGAAACCAAGGCUAUUUAGUCUGCCAAUAAGAAUGCUGUGGUUGACAGAGUCGAAAGCCUUGGCCAGGUCGAUGAAGACGGCUGCACAGUACUGUCUAUUAUCGAUCGUGGUUAUAAUAUCGUUUAGGACCUUGAGCGUGGCUGAGGUGCACCCAUGACCAGCUCGGAAACCGGAUUGCAUAGCGGAGAAGGUACGGUGUGAUUCAAAAUGGUCGGUGAUCUGUUUGUUAACUUGGCUUUCAAAAACUUUCGAACGGAAGGGCAGGAUGGAUAUAGGUCUGUAACAGUUUGGAUCUAGAGUGUCACCCCCUUUGAAAAGGGGGAUGACCGCGGCAGCUUUCUAAUCUCUGGGGAUCUCAGACGUUACGAAAGAGAGGUUGAACAGGCUAGUAAUAGGGGAUGCGACAAUUUCGGCGGCUAAUUUUAGAAAGAAAGGGUCCAGAUUGUCUAACCCAGAUGAUUUGUAGGGAUCCAAUUAACAGGUGUGCCUUGUUAAUUUGUGGAUAGAGGGUAGUGCGUACGGCCCAGUACAUCACUGGGGCCAAGCUUCCUGCCAUCCAGGACCUCUAUACCAGGCGGUGUCAGAGGAAGGCCCUCAAAAUUGUCAAAGACUCCAGCCACCCUAGUCAUAGACUGUUCUCUCUGCUACCGCACGGCAAGCGGUACCGGAGUGCCAAGUCUAGGUCCAAAAUACUUCUCAACAGCUUCUACCCCCAAGCCAUAAGACUCCUAAACAGCUAAUCAUGGCUACCCGGACUAUGCCCCCCCCCCCCCCCCCACACAUCUUUUUAUGCUGCUGCUACUCUGUUAAUUAUUUAUGCAUAGUCACUUUAACUCUACCCACAUGUGCAUAUUACUUCAACUACCUCAACUAGCCGGUGCCCCCGCACAUUGACUCUGCACCGGUACCCCCCUGUAUAUAUAGCCUCCCUACUGUUAUCUGUUAUUUUAUUUUACUUCUGCUCUUUUUUUCCUCAACACUUUUUUGUUUUAUUCUACUUUUUUAUUAAAAAUAAAUGCACUGUUGGUUAAGGGCUGUAAGUAAGCAUUUCACUGUAAUGUCUGCACCUGUUGUAUUCGGCGCAUGUGGCCAAUAAAAUUUGAUUUGAUUUGAUUUCAUGGUCGAAUUGCUGCAAAGAAACCACUACUAAAGGACACCAAUAAGAAGAAGAGACUUGCUUGGGCCAAGAAACACAAGCAAUUUACAUUAGACUGCUGUAAAUCUGUCCUUUGGUCUGAUGAGUCCAAAUGUUGAGAUUUUUGGUUCCAACCGCCGUGUCUUUGUGAGACGCAGAGUAGGUGAAUGGAUUAUCUCUGCAUGUGUGGUUCCCACCAUGAAGCAUGGAGGAGGAGGUGUGAUGGUGUGGGGGUGCUUUGCUGGUGACACUGUCGUUGAUUGAUUGAUUUAGAAUUCAAAGCACACUUAACCAGCAUGGCUACCACAGCAUUCUGCAACAAUACACCAUCCCAUCUGGUUUGCGCUUUGUUGGACUAUCCUUUGUUUUUCAACAGGACAAUAACCCAAAACACACCUCCAAGCUGUGUAAGGGCUAUUUGACCAAGAAGGAGAGUGAUGGAGUGUUGCAUCAGAUGACCUGGCCUCUACAAUCACCCGACCUCAACCCAAUUGAGAUGGUUUGGGAUGAGUUGGACCGCAGAGUGAAGGAAAAGCUGCCAACAAGUGCUCAGCAUAUGUGGGAACUCCUUCAAGUCUGUUGGAAAAGCAUUCCUCAUGAAGCGGGUUGACAGAAUGCCAAGAGUGUGCAAAGCUGUCAUCAAGGCAAGGGGUGGCUACUUUGAUGAAUCUCAAAUAUAAAAUGUAUUUUGAUUUGUUUAACACUUUUUUUGGGGGGGUUACUACAUGAUUCCAUAUGUGUUAUUUCAUAGUUUUGAUGUCUUCACUAUUAUUCUACAAUAUAGAAAAUAGUAAAAAUAAAGAAAAACCCUUGAAUGAGUAGGUGUGUCCAAACUUUUAACUGGUACUGUAUAUGCACUGCAUUUGGAAAUUAUUCAGACCCCUUGACUUUUUACAGAUUUUGUUACGUUACAGCCUUCUAAAAUUGAUUAUAUUGUCAAUCAAUCUACACACAAUACCCAAUAAUGACAAAGCAAAAACAGGUUUGUAGAAAAUUUUACAAAUGUAUAUAAAAAAAUAAAAGGAAAUAUUACAUUUACAUAAGUAUUCAGACCCUUUACUCAGUACUUUGUUAAAGCACCUUUGGCAGCGAUUUCAGUCUUCUUGGGUAUGACGCUACAAGCUUGGCAAACCUGUAUUUGGGGAGUUUCUCCCAGGUUGGAUGGGGAGCGUCGCUGCACAAGUAUUUUCAGGUCUCUCCAGAGAUGUUUGAUCGGGUUCAAGUCCGGGCUCUGGCUGAUCCACUCAAGGACAUUCAGAGACUUGUCCCGAAGCCACUCCUGCGUUGUCCUGUUAGAAGGUAAACCUUCGCCCCAGUCUGAGGUCCUAACCUGCUCCAGAGCGCUUUUCAUCAAGGAUCUCUCUGUACUUUGCUCUGUUUAUCUUUCCCUCGAUCUUGACUAGUCUCCCAGUCCCUGCCACUGAAAAACAUCCCCACAGCAUGAUGCUGCCACCACCACGCUUCACCGUAGGGAUGGUGCCAGGUUUCCUACAGACGUGAUGCUUGGCAUUCAGGCCAAAUAGUUAAAUAUUGGUUUCAUUAGAUCAGAUAAUCUUGUUUCUCAAGGUCUGAGAGUCUUUAGGUGGCAUUUGGCAAACUCCAAGCGGGCUGUAAUGAGCCUUUUACUGAGGAGUGGCUUCCAUCUGGCAACUCUACCAUAAAGGCCUGAUUGGUGAAGUGCUGCAGAGAUGGUUGUCCUUCUGCAAGGUUCUCCCAUCUCCACAGAGGAACUCUGGAGCUCUGUCAAGAGUGACCAUCGGGUUCUUGGUCACCUCCCUGACCAAGGCCCUUCUCCCCCAUUUGCUGAGUUUGGCUGGGCGGCCAGCUCUAGGAAGAGUCUUGGUGGUUCCAAACUUCUUCCAUUUAAGAAUGAUGGAGGCUACUGUAUUCUUGGGAUCCUUCAAUGUUGCAGACAUUUUUGGUACCCUUCCCCAGAUCUGUGCCUCGACACAAUCCUGUCUCGGCGCUCUACGGACAAUUCCUUCGACCUCAUGGCUUGGUUUAUGAUCUGACAAGCACUGUCAACUGUGGGACCUUAAAUAGAAAGGUGUGUGCCUUUCCAAAUCAUGUCCAAUCAAUUGAAUUUACCACAGGUGGACUCCAAGUUGUAGAAACAUCUCAAUUUUCAGUCUCAUCGCAAAGGGUCUGAAUACUUAUGUACACAAGGUAUGUUUUUUAUUUUUAAUAAUUUUGCCAAAAAUCUAAAAACCAGUUUUUGCUUUGUCAUUAUGGGGUAUUGUGUAUAGAUUGAUUAGACAUUUUUUUUAUUUAAUCAAUUUUAGAAUAAGGUUGUAACGUAACAAAAUGUGGAGGGGUCUGAAUACUUUCCGAAUGCACUGUGUGUGUGUGUGUGUGUGUGUGUGUGUGUAUUUAUCUUUGUUGUUUCCAUAGCCUGAGCAUACCAUGUACAAGAUGUCAUUAGGUGUAAGAAGGUUACCGGUUUCCUGUAAUAUUGCAUUGGGUGUAAAUAGUUACCUGUGUCCUACAAUAAGGCACCAGGUGUAAAAUGGUUUCCUUUGUCUCUCCCACAGCUGAGGUGAAGCGGGUUGGAGACACUCUCCUGGGCAUGGCCACUCAGUGUGUCCAGGUGAAGAACGUGGUGAAGACGUCCCCCCAGACCCUCUCCAACCUCUGCCUCAAGAUCAACGUCAAACUGGGGGGCAUCAACAACAUCCUGGUGCCACACCAACGGUAAAGCAGAGUGAAAGAGCGGGUGUGUGUGGCCACGGGCAGAAAAGUGUUUUCUAUCACCCAAAUAGGGGUUAGAAAACACUUAUGUGCUAUUUAGCAGAAACGCAUAUAUACUUUAUGACAAACACACCUAUUUGGACUGGAUAUACACUACCGGUCAAAAGUUUUAGAACACCUACUCAUUCAAGGGUUUUACUUUAUUUUUUUACUAUUUUCUACAUUGUAGAAUAAUAGUGAAGACAUCAAUACUAUUAAAUAACACAUUUGGAAGCAUGUAGUAACCAAGAAAGUGUUAAACAAAUCAAAAUAUAUUUUAUUUGAGUUUUUCUUCAAAUAGCCACAAAUAGCCACCCUUUGCCUUGAUGACAGCUUUGCACACUCUUGGCAUUCUCUCAACCAGCUUCCUGAGGUAGUCACCUGGAAUGCAUUUCAAUUAACAGGUGUGCCUUAAGUUAAUUUGUGGAAUUUCUUUCCUUCUUAAUGCGUUUGAGCCAAUCAGUUGUUUUGUGACAAGGUAGGGGGGUAUACAGAAGAUAGCCCUAUUUGGUAAAAUACCAUAUUACGGCAAGAACAGCUUGAAUAAGCAAAGAGAAACGACAGUCCAUAAUUACUUUAAGACAUGAAGGUCAGUCAAUACGGACAAUUUCAAGAACUUUGAACGUUUCUUCAAGUGCAGUCACAAAAACCAUAAGCGCUAUGAUGAAACUGGCUCUCAUGAAGACCGCCAGAGGAAUGGAAGACCCAGAGUUACCUCUGCUGCAGAGGAUAAGUUCAUUAGAGUUACCAGCCUCAGAAAUUGCAGCCCAAAUAAAUGCUUCACAGAGUUCAAGUAACAGACACAUCUCAACAUCAAUUGUUCAGAGGAGACUGUGCGAAUCAGGCCUUCAUGGUCGAAUUUCUGAAAAGAAACCACUACCAAAGGACACCAAUAAGAAGAGACUUGCUUGGGCCAAGAAACACGACCAAUGGGCAUUAGACCGGUGGAAAUCUGUCCUUUGGUCUGGAAUCCAAAUUGGAGAUUAUUGGUUCCAACUGCCGUGUCUUUGUGAGACGCGGUGUAGGUGAACGGAUGAUCUCCGCAUGUGUAUUUCCCACCGUAAAGCAUGGAGGAAGAGGUGUUAUGGUGUGGGGGUGCUUUGCUGGUGACACUGUCUGUGAUUACACUUAACCAGCAUGUCUACCACAGCAUUCUGCAGCGAUACACCAUCCCAGCUAGUUUGGGCUUAGUGGGACUAUCAUUUGUUUUUCAACAGGACAUUGACCCAACACACCUCCAGGCUGUGUAAGGGCUAUUUUACCAAGGAGGAGAGUGAUUGAGUGUUGCAUCAGAUGACCUGGCCUCCACAAUCCCCCGACCUCAACCAAAUUGAGAUGAUUUGGGAUGAGUCGGACCGCAGAGUGAAAGAAAAGCAGCGAACUCCUUCAAGACUGUUGGAAAAGCAUUCCAGGUGAAGAUGGUUGAGAGAAUGUCAAGAGUGUGCAAAGCUGUCAUCAAGGCAAAGGGUGGCUAUUUGAAGAAUCUCAAAUGUAAAAUAUAUUGUGAUUUGUUUAACCCUUUUAUUGGUUACUACAUUAUUCCAUAGUUUUGAUAUCUUCACUAUUAUUCUACAAUGUAGAAAAUAGUACAAAUAAAAACCCUUGAAUGAGUAGGUGUUCUAAAACUUUUGACCGGUAGUGUAUGUCUGAUGUUUGUCUCUCUCGCUCUCUCCCCACCAAGUCCCUCAGUGUUCCAGCAGCCUGUUAUCUUCCUGGGGGCCGACGUCACUCACCCUCCAGCCGGAGACGGAAAGAAGCCAUCCAUCGCCGCGGUCAGUCUCUUCCUGUCACUCUAGUUUCCAUUGGGACUUUCCUCUAAAACACUGCCUUGUCUGUCCAUCUAGUUGUCAUGGGGUCUGAUGGAUCUAGUACAUUGGUAAUCUACUAGUUUGUUUUGUUACCCAGACCCCUACAAUAGCGUUCUGAAAACAUGGUGUCAGAAGUCAUUUUUCUGACCAUCUCCCCUUCUCUGGCCCUAUCCAGGUGGUGGGCAGUAUGGACGCCCACCCCAGCAGGUACUGUGCCACCGUGAGGGUCCAGAGACCCAGACAGGAGGUGAUCCAGGACCUGGCCUCCAUGGUGCGGGAGCUCCUCAUCCAGUUCUAUAAGUCCACCCGCUACAAACCCACCAGAAUAAUAUUUUACAGGGAUGGCGUGUCAGAGGGUCAGUUCAGACAGGUUAGUUCAAAUACUUAUGUCCCCCUCAAUCUCUCAUUUAAAGUUGGCAGCCAAGCCAAAUGAUGUCCCUAUGUUGAGAAAUACAUCUAUUACAAAUAGCAAUGUUCUUCAUAGACUAUUAGCCUUAAGCUUGAGUCUUAAGCUUUAUCAUGAGCUAUUAGCCAUCAACCUUGAAUUCUUCACCGCUCGCCACUCUUUGCUGGUGAGUUGACUUCUCUUUGUGUGGCAGGUGCUGUACUAUGAGCUGCUGGCCAUCAGGGAAGCCUGUAUCAUGUUGGAGAAGGAGUACCAGCCAGGCAUCACCUACAUCGUGGUGCAGAAACGCCACCACACACGCCUCUUCUGUGCCGACCGCAACGAGCGGGUAAGUGGUGCUAUGGAUCUCUCCUUGUACAUUAAUGAUUUACUUUAUGUGCUAGGUUUAGAUUGGUUGUUGAACUGUUUUUAAAUGGGGUGUUGUUUCUUUGGCAGGUUGGACGAAGUGGUAACAUUCCUGCAGGCACCACUGUGGACACAGACAUCACUCACCCCUAUGAGUUUGACUUUUACCUCUGCAGCCACGCAGGAAUACAGGUGUGUGUCAAGACUCAUUCCAGGGUUGUGUUCAAUAUGCAUAAAAUAGGAAAACAUUCUAAAACUAAAGUCAGCAUUUCUUAUUAGACAAGUUCAGGUAGUAUCUCCUGCUUAUUUCUCUCUAAUGUCGAUUCUUGCCGUCAUUGAUACUUUCCCAGAGGUUCGUCGGCCUCUAUUGCUUUCCACUACACUUAAUUGUCAGUGUUGAAUCAAUGCUGGUAUUCUCUCCAUGGAACCUGCAUUGUCCCUGUGGUAUUACAGACUUGGCCUUCUCCCUACAGGGUACGAGCCGACCAUCCCACUACCACGUCCUGUGGGACGACAACUGCUUCACUGCUGACGAGUUCCAGCUGCUCACCUACCAGCUGUGCCACACCUAUGUCCGCUGCACCCGCUCGGUCUCCAUCCCCGCGCCAGCCUACUACGCCCACCUGGUGGCCUUCCGCGCCCGCUACCACCUGGUGGACAAAGAACAUGACAGGUGAGGGGGGAAAGGGAUUCAUUUCGGUGUGAUGAGUAUACUUUUCCGUAGGGCUAAAAUCAUUGUCUUGUGCUGUUUAUCAGGUAAAAAGAAACUGGAGGCCGAUAUCAUGUAUUGACUAUAAAAUAAUAUUCAAGUUCAUUCAAGAUAAAGGUUCUCUCCCUCUCUUUCUGUCCUUUUCCCUUUCUCAUUUCCUCACUUCCUUCUCUUGAACACACGCAGUGCGGAGGGCAGCCACGUCUCGGGGCAGAGUAACGGCCGAGACCCCACGGCCCUCGCCAAGGCUGUUCAGAUUCAUCACGACACACUGAGGACCAUGUAUUUCGCCUGA